GUUCUGAGAAAAUGGCGCUGAUGCAGGCAAUUGCCUGAUAUUCUGAGAGUAUAUCACAAUAUCUCUGAUUAUAUACCAUCCCUGUGUAUAUAUAUCAUAUAUACCAUAUAUAUCAUAUAUGCCGGGUAGUUUUUGAUGUUUCUGGAUCGUCUAGGUCGAACAUAAACUCAAAAUGACAGCCUUUGAAGAAAUGGGUGUUUUACCUGAAAUUGCAAGAGCAAUCGAUAAUAUUGAAUGGACUCUUCCAACGGACGUCCAGGCAGAGGCAAUCCCCCUGAUCCUGGGUGGAGGUGAUGUCCUGAUGGCAGCAGAGACGGGCAGUGGUAAGACUGGAGCAUUUUGCCUGCCCAUCCUCCAGACUGUUUGGGAGACUUUGAAGGAUCUGGAGACUGGGAAAACAACUGGAAAAUCUGAGAAACGAGUGAUUUCUGGCCCCUGGAGUCUGAGUCUCUUCGAUAGAGGACGAGCAAUGGCUGUGGCCCCUGAUGGAUUGCGUUGUCAGAGUCGAGAACAACGAGAAUGGCACGGAUGCAGAGCAAAUAAAGGCGUUCAGGGGGAGGGAAAAUAUUAUUUUGAGACUGUAGUCACUGAUGAGGGCCUUUGCCGAGUCGGUUGGUCAACGUCCCAAGCGAAUUUAGAUCUGGGAACUGAUAAAUUUGGAUGGGGAUUUGGAGGCACUGGAAAAAAAUCAAACUCCAAGCAGUUUGACAGCUAUGGGGAAUCCUUUGGUAUGCACGACGUCAUCGGUUGCCUUCUGGAUCUCUCCAAGGGUGAAAUAAGGUUCACCAAGAAUGGUGUGGACCUUGGAAAAGCGUUUGACCUCAAUUCUCAGCAGAGAUCACAGAUUUUCUUUCCGGCUGUGGUUUUGAAGAAUGCUGAGAUGUCUUUUAACUUUGGCAAUGAACCUUUCAAGCAUCCACCACCAGCUGGAUUCACAGCUGUUGCUUCUGUUCCGAAGAAUUGCCUCAGGGAGAAUGAAAUUGGAUCCAGUGGAGCUGGAAAUCAGGAGAUGAAGAAACCACCGGGUAAUGCACCACAGGCUAUUAUUAUUGAACCUUCGAGAGAGCUUGCGGAGCAGACUUAUAAUCAACUGGAAAAAUUCAGGAUUCAUUUAAAAAAUCCAUCGAUCAAACAGUUAUUGGUGAUCGGUGGAGUCGCUGCUAAGGAACAAAUUUCGGCGCUCAAUUCUGGAAUUGAUAUUGUCGUUGGAACUCCAGGUCGUCUGGAGGAUCUCAUUCAAGGAGGAUAUUUAUCGCUUACACAUUGCAGAUUUUUUGUCCUUGACGAGGCUGAUGCACUCUUGAAACAAGGCUACACAGAAUUAAUAGAUCGUCUCCAUCGUCAGAUACCGAAGAUAACAGCUGAUGGAAAGAGACUCCAGAUGAUCGUGUGCUCGGCGACAUUACAUGCGUUUGAAGUUAAAAAAAUGGCGGAGAGACUAAUGCACUUUCCAACUUGGGUGGAUUUGAAAGGUGAGGAUGCUGUUCCUGAGAGUGUUCAUCACGUCGUGGUGAGUGUUGAUCCCCAGAAGGAUCCAUCCUGGAAGAAUUUGUCUCGCUACAUCGAGACAGAUGGAAUCCACUGCAGAGACAACAUCAAAGGAAAACCCAAUACUGCUGAGGCCCUCUCGGAAGGUGUAAAAAUUCUCAAAGGUGAAUAUUGCAUUCGAGCAAUCAAGGAACACAAAAUGGAUAGGGCAAUUAUUUUCUGUCGAACUAAAAUCGACUGCGAUAAUCUCGAGAGGUACCUCAGACAAUAUGGAUCCAACGAGUUCUCCUGUGUUUGUCUUCAUGGAGAUCGAAAACCCCAGGAGCGCAGGGCAAACCUUGAGAAGUUCAAGAGGCAAGAGGUGAAAUUUUUGAUUUGCACUGAUGUGGCAGCUAGAGGCCUCGACAUCACAGGUCUGCCUUUCGCAAUUAAUGUAACUCUACCAGAUGAGAAGUCUAAUUAUGUUCAUCGAAUUGGGAGAGUGGGAAGGGCUGAGAGGAUGGGCCUAGCCAUCUCUCUAGUGAGCAGUGUUCCGGAAAAGGUAUGGUAUCAUGGAGAAUGGUGCUCAUCCAGAGGACGAAACUGCAAUAACACUAAUUUAACCAAUCAAGGUGGAUGUUGCAUUUGGUAUAAUGAACCGCAAUUUCUUGCUGACAUCGAGGAUCAUUUGAAUAUAACUAUUCAACAGAUUGGGCCUGAUCUCAAGGUACCAAUGAAUGAAUUCGACGGAAAAGUCAUUUAUGGACAAAAGAGAAUUAAUACUGGAAGUAAUUAUAAAAAUCAUGUGGAACAAAUGGCACCAGUUGUGAAGGAUCUCGCUGCACUUGAGUCUAAGGCUCAAAUAACUUAUGUGAGAAGACACCUGUUGGUCUCUUAAAAUUUUGAAUCUCUAUUCAUUGACAAAAUUUAUUGAUAGAUUUUGUUACCAAUUAAAAUAAAAAAAAUCGCAUUCGUAAGUUUCAGUCGAUGUAAUCAAUAAAAUUGAAAAAAUCGGAGUAGAAUGUAAUAAAGCAAUAGAAUUGAA